CACUCAUAUUCCUCUAAUUAACAAUACCUACCGGAAGCAGAGAGCUGAGAGAGAGAGAGAGAGAGAGAGAGAGAGAGAGAGAGAGGCAACCAAUACCAAAAGAAAGCCCCGCCUGUCUGAGUGUGCGUUGCAUUGCGGCAUUGCAUGGGGGUACCUUUUCUAUGCCCGCGGCACAGUGGUCCCUGUGAUCUUCAAAAUGGCUUCGAAUCCGGUGGGAAUGAGAACGAGUGCUUGCACCAGCAAUCUGUAGAUGAUUCCAGAGGAGCAGUAGCAUUAGCAUUAUUGGAGUUGGACUUGGACCCCCCGUCGUCGGUAAUGGGUGAUGGUUUGGAUCCAAGCACACCGGAACCAAAACAUGAGGCGGCCGCAAUUAAGUUGCAGAAGGUUUACAAGAGCUUUCGGACGAGGAGAAAUUUAGCAGAUUGUGCGGUUUUGAUCGAGCAGAGCUGCUGCUGCUGGUGGUGGAAGCUGUUAGAUUUCGCGCAGCUCAAGCAUAGUUCCGUCUCCUUCUUCGAUCUCGGAAAGCGUGAGACCGCUGUUUCGCGCUGGUCCAGAGCAAGAACAAGGGCUGCCAAGGUUGGCAAGGGCUUGUCCAAGAAUGGGAAGGCUCAGAAACUUGCUCUGCAGCAUUGGCUAGAAGCUAUUGAUCCUCGACAUCGCUAUGGCCACAAUUUGCACUUCUAUUAUGUCCAGUGGUUGAAUUCACAGAGCAUGGAGCCCUUCUUCUACUGGCUUGACAUCGGAGAAGGAAAGGAGGUUAAUCUGGUCGACAAAUGUCCUCGGGCAAAGCUUCAGCAGCAGUGCAUCAAGUAUCUUGGCCCGAUGGAGAGAAAGGCAUAUGAGGUUGUGGUGGAGGGCGGGCAGCUUUUCUACAAGCAAACCGGGGAGGCCCUCGACACCACCAAAGAACCAAAGGGCUCCAAGUGGAUCUUUGUCCUCAGUACAUCAGGGAGUUUAUACGCAGGGAUGAAGAAGAAGGGGUCGUUUCAGCACUCCAGUUUCUUGGCUGGAGGAGCUACUCUGGCUGCUGGAAGGAUCGUUGCUGAAAAUGGAGUCUUGAAGGCAGUGUGGCCUCACAGCGGUCAUUACAGGCCAACUCCGGAGAAUUUUCAGGACCUCUUGUCGUUUCUACGGGACAACAAUGUGGAUCUCACUGGUGUUAAGCUCGAAUCCACUGAUGAAGAGGAUGAGCAAUCCGACGACGGAAACAAAAGAGGCGUAUACCUGAGAAGUAACUCCUUUGAAGACGAUGGUCAUCGUGCCAAGACAGCAGAAGCAGAAGAAGAAGAAGAAGCAGAGACUGCCACUGCAGCAGCAACAGUAGGGGGGAUGCCAGUGCCACCGUGUCCGAGCAGCAGCAUAUCUUCUUCUGCUGCUGCUGCUGCUGCUGCUGACAGUAGUGCAACCAGCAUCAUCAAUAUCCCCCGUGAGCCCCCCGCCGCCGCUAUGAUUCACCGGCCACACCCACACCCACACCCACACCAAGAAGUUAUAAUUAUAAAUAAUUCCCGUGAAUCAGCAGCAGCAGGUGCAGGGAAGCAGUGCAGCAGUUCAGGAGGAGGGGAAGCCCGCCUGAGAGACUACAACCCGUCCGGGCUCCUCCUGUCUCCCAGACCCAGUCCCAGUCCCAGAAGUAAAUAUCGCCAUAGCCCCUCUUUAAGAAGAUUAGACAUCAUCAUCCCCCAUACCCAUACCCGUUGCGAGGCUGCUCCGGCUACUGCCACUGGCACCUAUCUUUCUUGCAGCACUAGUCAUGUGAUGCAAUACUCCUCCUCGUCCGUGGAUCAUCAUCAUCAUCGAUCACUCCAGUUUUUGAGCCGCAGCCCUCCGCCGGUUUCCUUUCUUUAAACAUCGUGAACCCAUUCUUAUUACUAUUAUUUUUUAUUCCUUUAUUAGUUGUUGCUCAUAGGGAGAAUUCUUUUGACACUAAUUAAUACUAUAGUUUUGGAGAUAGGCAGGCCAUUCUUUUUCUAAUCACUGAUGUACGCAACACAACACAGUUUUCCCCUUCUUUCACGUUCAUGUUAAGGGAUGUAAAUUCUUUUAGAGGCCUGCAGGGUUGGUUAUUAUUAAACCCUGCCUCCCUGCCUGCCUGUUUC